UACAUUGAACGAUUUGGAUUCGGCACUAACAAUAACUGUUAAUCAUCGUACUGUAUUGGGUACAACUGAUUGUAUUGGUGCAAUCGAAUUACCGUUACAUUCAUUACUACACGUACGUAUGCCAACGUGGUACCGCUUAUGUAAGAAAGGUAAAUAUGACAAUAAUGGGCAACAAGCGAAAUAUCGCGGUGAAAUAUGCCUGAAAUUUGAAUUUUCUAAUAAAAUUUGUACGGCAACAAGCAAAAAUUUGUCAGCUUCAUCACUUUCAAUCAGUAAUUUGCAUGGUUCCAAUAAACUUGAUACAUUGAAGCGUAAGAUGCGAUUCGGAAAAAAACAGAACAGUGAUUUGCCGGAUACCACUUCGCUAGUAAGCCUUCCACAAUAUGGUCGACGUCGUUCUUCGCUCUGUGAAGUUUGUCCAACGAUUCCGAAAUCGGAUUGCAUUUCAACGACGGAUUUAAAUCGUGAUGGAUUAAUAACACCGCCAGCUGCCAAAGAUGGUACCGCACAUUAUGCAAUACUGUCGUAUAAUUCAAGAAGUGCCGGUACUCCAUUAGGAAUUGAUGGUAUACUGUUCGGUUCACAACGUACGUCAGUAUCAUCGAAUCGUAAUUCUUUUAAUUCAUCUCCAAUACCAACGGCUGGAGAUGAUGGUUCCGAAUCGCCAGCAAUAGCUCCACGUCCACAUAGUGCUACUUCUUCCGGUUUUGGUUCUGCGCGAUCAACUGUUAACAAUGGUUCUGAUUUAGCUUCGAUUUCAUAUUGUCCGUCACGUGAAGAAUUGUUAAAGAAUAUCAGUGAUUUACGAUAUGAAUUAGCACAUAAGGAUGCGAAAAUUAACGAUCUACAGGAUUAUAUUGGAAAAUUACUAGCAAGAAUUAUGGAGAAAACUCCAGAAAUGUUGGAAGUCAAACCAUCACGUGGUUUUUUCUCAAAACAUUAG